UCGGGGUAGCGCACCGUGCGCUCAGGCUCGGAGGCUGAGAGUUGUCGUGGGAUCCGGGGCUUGGGGAGCCACGGCGCAGGUCGGUCGGGGCUUUUUCUUGGCGCCUUGGCCCAGGAAGCCGCCUAGACCGCCGGCUCUCAGCUCCUCACCGAACGCCCCAGCCCCAAGCGGUCCCGCGCCCCCGCCUCAGUUGCUGGCGGUCUGCUCGUCCCCGGGGGUAGCGGUUGCUUGCUUGUCCCCCGGCCGCAGUGAGGAGCCAUGAGGCAGUUACUCAAUGUGCCCCCGCCCCCGCCUUUGAAGUCCUACCCAGAUGCCUCCCACCCAGCCGACCCGCGCUCCUGAGCGGCCGCUUGGCCUUCCUUUCUCCCUUGGCUUGUGCUGUCGUCCUGGGCGUCCUCAGUUUGAACUUUAUGCCAUACUUUUGGGACCUAUGCGUCUGGUUGCUUUACGGCCCUUUUUAUCCAGACUGUACGUUUUCUAACCGCUACGUUUUGAUUUUCACUUUAACUUAUUCGGCAUUCCCAUGACCCCUCCUCUCCUAGACCCAAUACAAGUGUCUCCUCUUUUGUGAAACUACUCUAAUCCAUUCAGUGAUCGUUGCUCACUUCCCCGACUUGUGCCUCCACAAAAUCUAGCACAUAGCUCUUAAAUAAUUCUUGAUCCUCAUUUGUCUUCCCUACUGGACCAAAUUCCUUAAGGGCUCGAGGAUUGUUUUCUUUUAUCCAUGCCCUCCCAUUUCCUGGCAUGUAGUACACGUCCAACAGAGGAUUGUUAAGUGAAUGAAUGCACCCACCCUCACUUCACUAAUAGUGGAAGAGGCAUCCCUCCUGACUUAAGUCCCAACCAGUGUUCGCUGUUUGAACCAGUGUUUAAGAUCCCGUUCCCUCAGUUGCUCUGUGCGUGUGUGUAUUCGUUUUUUUCUCUUCCUCAGUCCUUUCUAUUCCCUAGCUUAAAUAUAUUUUAGCUAAAAUGUCCUAAAUUCUCCCUCACUGUCUCUAUUUACUACCCAUUUGCUCACUUCCCAUUCAUUGUUUAAUCCAUUGCAAUCUAGCUCUCGGUCCCACUGUUUCAAUGAAAUUGCUCUUACCAAGGUCAUCAGUUAACCAAACACCAAACUGAAUGGACUCUUCAUAUUCCUCAUACCACUUCUCUCUGUUGUACUUUAUCCCUUUGACUUCUUUUUCUAGCGAAACUCUUGCCUUCCUCUUAUCUUUCUGGCUACUUCUCGGUCUUCUUUUCAGGUUCUUUUAACUUUGUCUACCAUUUAAGUGUUGAUGUUCUUCAGCCUCCUCUCCUUGCCCCCUUAACUUUUCACAGUACAUAAUCCUCUUGGGUGAACUCAUCCUGGGUGGCUUCAAUUCACAUCUCUAUUGCUGAGCUCCACGCUCAUGUAUUUGCUUAAUUUCUGGUUAAUAUCCUUCGCACAUUCUACAGACAAACUAGACAAAAAUAUCCAAAGACUGCAGUCUUCUCUGCUCUUUGGUGCCUUCUCCUUUAUUCCAUAUCUUGGUGAGUGUCACCCUUGUCCACCUAGAUAGUGAUGUCAGGGAGACCUGAAAAUUGUCUCCAAGCCUUCUUUUCCUCUGAUAUACUGUCACCAUAUCCUUUUGUUCUCUCUCUCUCUCUCAAAUCUACUUCUUUUUACUUUUUAAAUUAUUUUAUUGAGGUCUUAUUGGCUUAUAACAUUGUGUGAAUUUCAGGUGUACAUUAUUAUUUAUCAAUUUCUGUAUAGACUAUGUCGUCGUCACCACCAAUAGUCUAGUUUUAUCCAUCAUCCACUGCCUUCAUUAAGGCCCUCAUCAUAUCUCUUAUCUCAGGUUCAACACCCUCCAGUGAUCACCAUGCUUGCAUUAGAAUGCAUGAGGUUAGAACCCCCCUCCAAUCCCUCCAUCCUUUACAUCUCUGCCAGGUUAAUCUACCCAAAACGUGACUUUCAUCCUUUCACUUGCUUCAUCAAAAAGUUCAAUACUUCCCUGUUACCAAAGGAAUAUAGCCCACUUGCUUUUCUGACCUUACCUCAGCUUUUCCCCAUGCAAGUUUUCUGUUGCAGCCAAGGGUACCUUCCUUCUGCCUUUUUGCCUGUGCUCAUGCCAUUUUCUCAUGCCUUUUGUGCCCUUCCUCUUGCUAACCAGAUAUCCUAAAUCUUCAACUUUUAAGGCUCAUCUUUUAUUCUGCUUCUUCCCAGAACACUCCAGUCCACAGUGAUAAUAGCCAAAUACACCUUGCAGUUUAUAAAAUGCAUCUGUUUGAGAAGUCAACACUACCAGCCCCAUUUUAUGCAUGAGAAAAUCGAGGCACAAAAAUUUGAGUGACUGGCCAGAGGCUACAGUGCUGCAAAGAUAGAGAGCCUGGGCCUAGCCUUUAGUUUUCGCUCUCCAGAUCCCCUGGUUUUACCUCAGUGACUGUUCUCUCUCUGACCUCACUGCAUUGUGGUCUUCAUCACUCCUUCAAUCCUUAAUCACAUACUGCCUGUGACCAGAUGAAAGAGGGUGCAUGAGAGCCGGGGGCAAGGUCUAAGAUCAUCCUUUAUUUGACAUCAAAGCUGGCCAAUAACUGCACAAAGGAUGAGCUGAGCCACCUGGAAGCUACGCUUGGAAAGGUAGUCUGUGAAUGAAGGUAAGCCGGGCAGAGCUUUGGGAAUGAAAAGUAACCAUCAGAUGUCCUGGAACUAGGGCCUAGAGCAAGGACCAAGACUGUCCAGGGGGUGGAGGUAAGGUUCUGGAUGAUGGGACACUGCUCCUGUAUAGUUUUGCCAGGUUCUUUGGUUAUAGAGCAGCUACAUCCUGUCCCCCAGGCCACUUGACUGAACGGGAGGUCUCCCUGAGUGGACCAGCACUCUGUGUUGGGUUCUGUGCUCACCUGACAUUCUUCUCAUUGGCGGUUUGAUCUCCAGGGUAGAGGGAGUGCCUGGGAUGUUUCCCUGGCUCUGGUUUCCAGCCAGCUCCCUUUCUUUCACAAGGCAAUCAUGUAGCUUCAACAUAAGGCUCAUGUCGGGAUUGUUAUUGUGAGUCAGUUUCCCUAGGUCGGACAGCUCAGAGAGCAAAAGAAACUGAGUUCUCUAUCUGCAAAGUUGAGUAGCAGCCAGACAUUAGGCAUUAGGGAACCUGUCUCUCCCCAUCAGGCACACAGUGCAUGACCCUAGAUGUGACCCCUGAGAAGCUUCCUUCUCUGUGACAUCUUUUCUGAAGUAGAGCAUGGCCUCGUGACAUCUUAGGCAUCUGGGCUGCCCCAGAGAGUCAGGGCCUCAGAAAAUACCUGUGAAAUGAGCAAGGGAGAUGAUGCCAGGCAGCUGCCUGGCGAGGCAGGGAGUGGAGCUUGCUCGCUCUAUGCGCUGCUUCACGCCUGAGGAUGUCAAUGGAAAAGUCUCCAUCCUGGGCAUGGGCACGGGCACGGAUAUGGGCGUGAGCUUUAUGGGGCUGCCGCUAGUUGACCAGAAACACAGGAGUGGACACAUGGAAGCCGUGGUACUGACCUGCUCAUUGUGCCGACAGAACCUGCAAGAUGUGGGUACCUGGCUCCUCCCCUGCCAGCAUUUGCUCUGUAAGGACUGCUUCCAGGGCUUGAUCCAGGAGGUAGGGCGGGAUGCCAAGGCUCCUGGGACUGUCCCAGAUGAGUUCAUCUCCUGUCCUGGGUGUAAGCAAGUGUACCUUACCAAGGAUGUAACUGAACAUUUUCUUCUGCAGUGCUUUUCUACUGGGCAACACAAGAUGGCCAGGAACUGCUCUGAGUGCAAGGAGAAGAGGGCAGCACACAUCCUCUGUACCUACUGCAACCGCUGGCUGUGCAGCUCCUGCACAGAGGAGCAUCGGCAUGGUCCUGCCCCUGGGGGCCCGCUCUUUCCCCGGGCCCAGAAGGGAUCUCCAGGAGUGAAUGGUGGUUCUGGGGACUUUGCCUUGUACUGUCCUCUGCACACACAGGAAGUGCUCAAGCUGUUCUGCGAGACCUGUGACGUGCUCACAUGCCAUAGCUGCCUCAUGGUGGAACACAAAGAACACAGGUGCAGGCAUCUUGAUGAAGUUUUGCAAAACCAGAGGAUGCUUCUGGAAGGUGUGACUACACAGGUGGCUCAUAAGAAAUCCAGUCUACAGACAUCUGCAAAGCAAAUUGAGGACAGGAUUUUUGAAGUGAAGCAUCAGCACAGGAAGGUGGAAAACCAGAUCAAAAUGGCCAAGAUGGUUCUGAUGAAUGAGCUGAACAAACAGGCCAACGGGCUCAUAGAGGAGUUGGAGGGCAUUACUAAUGAGAGAAAGCGGAAGCUGGAGCAGCAGUUACAGAGCAUCAUGGUCCUCAACCGUCAAUUUGAGCAUGUGCAGAAUUUCAUCAAUUGGGCUGUCUGCAGCAAAACCAGCGUCCCUUUCCUUUUCAGCAAAGAGCUGAUUGUGUUUCAGAUGCAGCGAUUGCUGGAGACAAAUUGUAACACAGAUCCUGGCUCCCCUUGGAGUAUCAGAUUCACCUGGGAGCCUAACUUCUGGACCAAGCAGCUGGCUUCGCUUGGCUGUAUAACUACUGAAGGUGGACAACUGUCCCAGGCAGAUGCCCCUGCUUAUGGAGGCUUACAGGGACCAUCAUCCUUUUAUCAAAGCCAUCAGUCCCCAGUGGCUCAGCAAGAGAGUCGUAGCCACCCCUCUCAUAAGUUCCAGUCUCCAGCACUGUGUUCCUCAUCUGUGUGCUGCUCCCACUGCUCCCCAGUCUCGCCCUCCCUCAAAGGCCAGGUCCCUCCACCCAGCAUACACCCAGCCCACAGCUUUAGGCAGCCCUCUGAGAUGGUGCCCCAACAACUAGGAUCACUGCAGUGUUCCACCCUGCUGCCCAGAGAGAAAGAGCUGCCUUGCACUCCUCAUCCACCAAAGCUGCUGCAGCCCUGGCUGGAUACCCAGCCCCCCGGGGAGCAGGAGAGCACAUCCCAGCGGCUGGGGCAGCAGCUGGCUUCCCAGCCGGUGUGCAUCGUCCCUCCCCAGGAUGUUCAGCAAGGAGCCCAUGCCCAGCCCACCUUACAGACACCCUCUAUCCAAGUUCAGUUUGGCCACCACCAGAAGCUAAAGCUCAGCCACUUUCAGCAGCAGCCGCAGCAGCAGUUGCCACCUCCGCCACCUCUGCCACCUCCACCCCAGCAGCAGCCACCCCCACCUCUACCUCCAUCCCAACAUCUGGCUUCUAGUCAGCGUGAGAGCCCUCCUGGGUCUACCUGUUCCCAGAACGUGGACAUAAUGCACCACAAGUUUGAGCUGGAGGAAAUGCAGAAGGACCUGGAGCUUCUCCUUCAGGCUCAACAGCCCAGCCUGCAACUGAGUCAGACCAAAUCGCCUCAGCAUCUUCAGCAAACAAUUGUGGGCCAGAUCAACUACAUUGUGAGGCAGCCAGCACCUGUCCAGUCCCAGAGUCAGGAGGACACUGUGCAGGCUACAGAUGAGCCGUCAGCAUCUGAAGGCCCAAAGCCAGCUCUCCCUCUUGACAAGAAUACUGCUGCUGCCUUGCCUCAGGCAUCUGGGGAAGAAACCCCUCACAGUGUCCCCCAACUGGACAGCACCAUCCAACACUCCUCUCCGAAUGUGGUGAGAAAGCACUCCACUUCGGUGAGCAUCAUGGGCUUUUCCAACAGUCUGGAGAUGGAGCUGUCAUCUACCAGGCUGGCGAGGACCAUAGAGCCACAAAUCCAGAGUGUGAGCAGCCUGACAGCUGGUCCCCACCGGGCAGUACCAAGCCUCCUGCGUGGCCCCCCUACAACCAUGUCUGGCCUGACAGGCAGUCAAAAUCAGGCUAUGCCCAGCCUGACAGCCAGUCACCUGCAGACCAUGCCCAGUCUUGUGUGUGGCACACCCCAGUCCUCGACCAACCUGAUGAAUGAUUCCUCCCAGGCCAUCACAAGCCUGGCAAGUGAUCACUCUCAGGCUAGGCCCAUCCUGAUCUCUGGUCCCACACAGCCUGUGCCAAGUCUGGCAACUUGUCCUCUGCAGAGCAUGCCUCUGGCUUCUGAUAUGCAGCCGGAAAGUAGAUCCAGCUACAGUCCUGGCUCUGGCCGAGCUGCAGGGAUCCUGUGCCCUGGGGAUGGGGCUGAUGCCUCGCUGGGGAAUUCCCUGUGUAAGAUGGAAAGUGAAGAUUCUGCCCGCUUCACUGACUCUCUGGGACAAGGCCCCAUAGUCCCUGGUCUGGAUGCUUCCAAGGACCUGGCUAUCCCCUCAGAACUGGAGGAGCCAAUUAACCUCUCUGUGAAGAAACCUCCAUUGGUCCCAGUGGUCAACACAUCCACGGCUCUGCAACAGUACCAGAACCCAAAAGAGUGUGAGAAUUUUAAACCAGGCGCCCUAGAGCUGGACACAAAAGAGAACCAGAGUGUCAGACCCUUCAACAGUGAACCCAAGAUUCCUUAUGUGCGCCUGGAGCGGCUCAAGAUCUGUGCUGCCUCCUCAGGAGAGAUGCCUGUGUUCAAGUUGAAGCCACCGAAGAAUGAUCAGGAUGGGAGCUUACUGCUGAUCAUCGAGUGUGGUGCUGAGUCCUCCAGCAUGUCCAUUAAGCGGCCACCAGAGGUGGAGAGUGCAUGUCCUGAAGAACAAAGACUCAUUCCUCGAACCCCUGGAGCCAAGAAGGGGCCCCCAGUACCAAUAGAGAAUGAGGACUUCUGUGCUGUGUGCCUCAACGGGGGAGAGUUGCUGUGCUGUGACCGCUGCCCCAAAGUGUACCACCUUUCCUGCCACUUGCCAGCCCUGCUCAGCUUCCCAGGGGGAGAUUGGGCGUGCACCUUGUGCCGCAGCCUGACCCAGCCCGAGAUGGAGUACGACUGCGAAAAUGCACGCUAUAACCAGCCUGGAGUGCGGGCCCCUCCAGGCCUGAGUGUACAUGACCAGAAGAAGUGCGAGAAGCUGGUACUGUCCUUGUGCUGCAAUAGCCUCAGCCUGCCCUUCCACGAACCUGUCAGCCCGCUGGCCCGGCAUUACUACCAGAUUAUCAAGAGGCCUAUGGACCUGUCAAUCAUCCGGAGGAAGCUGCAAAAGAAGGACCCAGCUCACUACACCACCCCAGAAGAGGUGGUGUCAGACGUGCGCCUCAUGUUCUGGAACUGUGCUAAGUUCAAUUAUCCCGACUCGGAGGUUGCAGAGGCUGGCCGCUGCCUGGAAGUGUUCUUUGAGGGCUGGCUGAAGGAGAUCUACCCGGAGAAACAGUUUGCCCAGCCAAGGCAGGAGGACUCAGAUUCCGAGGAGAUGUCUAGCGAGAGUGGGUAUUCCACUCCCCAGGGCUUCCUGUGGCCCCCCUAUGUGCAGGAGGGCAUCCAACCCAAGAGGCGGCGGCGACACAUGGAGAAUGAAAAAGUAAAAAGAACGUCGUUCCGCAUGGCCAACAGCAUCUCCCAGGUGUGAGAGCUGGAAGGGACCGAGCACCCUGGCAGCCGGUGUCCCAUCCUGUGACCACUCCUCCCCACCUUUCAGCUCAUUCUCUUCAGACCGUGGGUGUGAGACGAGUCUUGUUGAGCUGUGUAGUGCUCUUCUUUGCCGUUUGCAUCUCACAGCAUUUAUUUGGGAGCCAUAGUGCGUCCACUUCAGAGAAGAUUUCAGUAAUAAAGAGCGAAGAGGGAAGUCUGCCCUAUUACUGGAAUAAUCAGAUGUGUAGGGGCCACUUGACAAGACCAAACCUAGUCAGGCUCAGGAGGACCUAACUUCCUCGGUGAAUUCUUUCUGCUGAGGAAAGCAGACUUUCUCACCUUCCGGUGUACAGGGCUCAGGAACAAUGUAUGUAUCUGAACUCCUCCAGGGCCCCGAAGGAGGUAAAAGGGAGAGAGGUUCUGACAUAUGGCAGGCCUGUGAUCCCUGGCCCAGCACAGCCAAAGACUGUCACUGUUUGCCUUUGCUUGGCCUGCCAGGACAGAGGCACCUGCCCUGGGCAAGGGUAAGGGAGGCUUCUAGAGGCCAUAGGUCUUGAUUGGUGCCUAUUUGGGUUCUAACGAGGAUUGGUGCCUAUUCGGGUUCUAACGGUUUUCAGGGUAUUUGUUUUCCACGCCUCCUUUCCUGUGUUGACUUAGGUGGCUGCUGUGAAAGUGCUCUGGAUGGCAUGGCAUUCUUGACUGGGCUGGGUGGCAGUGCAGAGACCACUGACUCCGAUUUCACUUGCAGGUGUACGAAGAUGUCACCUUCAGAGCCUGCCCUCUGUGCCACUUACUUUGGGCUGAUAGCUCUUCUUUGGUGUGAGAACCUGCCCUCCUAGAAGUGAUUGUUGGUAACCAUCCCUUCAUUAUCUCCAUUCAGAGAUCUGGAUCCUGAGUUCUUCUUGGGAAAACUGUGAGGCAGCUGCUGCUGCUUCAGCGAGGCAGGGAGAAUGACCCACAACCAGCUCAGUCUGCUGGGCCUCUCCUCCUGCUUAGAGGCCCUAGUUCUCACCCUCUCCACGUUCACAGAGCCCAGGAUCAGAAGUGAGGCCUCUGGCUGGCCUGCCCCACGGCUGCCCACAGCCCAGAAAAGGUCAAGACUCUAUAGGUAGCCCUUUUUGUUGGAGGUUGGAGAAGGCCAGAGGGACUGACAGGAGUCAGACCUAAGCGUUUGUAGAGGAAGUUCUGUCUAGGGAGGAGAAAGGGAAACCUGAGAGGUGAGAAGCCAGUGUCCUUUGGUGACCUUGAAGGAACUUCAGGACUUUACUUUUCCCAGAAUGCAGAGAAAAGUGUUUUGGAAGCCAUGGGAACAGGAGCGGAGCUCCAGUCUGCAUCUCGGAUGGAUCUUCAUGGUCCAAGCAGGGUGUUUGGGAGGAAGCUGCAUAGGCAAGAUGCUGAGAGUCAGGCCACCUCACCAGCAAAGGCUUGGUUGAGAAGGAACCUAUUGCUGAUAUGUGGGGGAACUGCAUUCCUGGCAUUUCAGUGGCCUGGAGACACGGCUCUCCCUGGUCCUGUCAUGGCUUGGCUAAUUUCAAGGGAGUCAGACCAUGGCUUUAUUUUUGCUGUGAGAUGCAAUUCAAGGAAUUCUUGUUUGUCAGGCCUUUGUUAAUGGGAACAUUUUGAUCAGAGAAAACAUGUCUUCUCUCCGUGUGAGUUGAUGGUACUGUUCAUUUCCUUCUCCACUGAGGCUGGGAGAUCAUCUUCCUUCAAAACAGACCGUGCCCACUGACUUGCCAUUCUUUCACCAGCACUUGCCAAGCUUUCCUAAGCAGGUGGGCAUCCAUAAUCCUGUUUUCUAGUUUGGGGUAACUAAGUCUUUGAUACUCUGGUAGCCACGCAAUGUUUGAACUUAGCCCUCUGCUCUUUGGGGCUCUGGCCACUUCCUUUUCAAUUUUCGAAUCUUUCUCUCUGGUUAGUUGGCUUGGCAAAGUUCUCUCUGUAAUUACCUCAUUAAUUCCUGCUCUUGGUCGUCUUUCCUUCGUGUGGCCCACAUUCCCACCUCACCUGAGUGAGCUUCAUGGUGCUUUUUGUUGGGCAGCCAGGUGAGGGUUGUGACAGGCUCAAACCUGUUUGAGAUUCUUCCCCAGGACCAGUUGGAGACAACGAAUAUGAAGCAGAAAGGCCUGGUUAAAUGCUUGGCUUCCCGCCUGUCAAUGAAGCUUCCAGCUUGGAUGUAGCCUACUGGGCCAGAGGACCUUAGGAAUGUGUUAGCGAGUCACAUAUUCCCUUCCCAUCACAGAGACUUGCAAGCUGAGAGGCUCCCCAUAGGCACUUGAGCAGGCAGGGGAGGGAGGGAGGGAGGGUUUCCUUUCCUCCAAAGGUGCGAGGCCCUGGCCCACUACACCAUCCCUGUGCUGGUUACCUCACAGCACUGCCCUCUCCCUGGCUUUUCCUGUAUACUUAUAACCAAUAUUUUGAGUCAUGGUUAUGUUUUGUUUUGCUUUGUUUUUGCAUGCAGAAAACAGAUCAUGACUAUUUAGAAAUUUUUUAAAAAGCUACUAAGCAAGUGGACUGACUUCAGCGAUUCUUUGCAAACAUCUGAGUGGAUCCUCCUUUUGACUUAGUCCUGUAAUGGCCACAUUUUGAAGUCAGUCAAGUCCUUUGGCCUUUGACAAAGUCAGGAAAUGGAAAUACAAUGAGUUCUGGAUUCUACGGUACAGAAGGCAAUCCUGAGGAGAAACUGGGCCUCCUGGGUGUGCUGAGAGACAGGACAGUGGAGUGGCUUCAAUUGAUGCAAAGGGGAUUUUAGUGUAAAAUUGGUGCAGCAUGAACUUGCAGAGCUCUCUUCCAUAACUUGGGUAGGUUGGCCCUACUGAAUUCUAGCAAUCGCCAAUUACACAUCUUCUGCUGGUACCCUCUCCCUAGUGGCAGCCACCAGACCCUCUAUAGGCACUGCUCUGUGCAGGCCCUGCCAUCAAUCCUGAUGGACUCUGGCUCCCUGUACCCAUUUCUGGUGGCAUGUUUUUGCCUUGCUGCUAGGACCUAGGCCCCUCCUUGUUUCUUCCUGGGCUCCACUCCCUCUCUCACUCCAUGGUAUCACCUAUAGUCUUCUCUUCUGAACUCCUGAACUGAGACCUUGCUCCUUCUGGAUCACUACCCCCUAUAUUUCCUCUUCUCUCAUUCCCUCACUGCUAGUUAUUUAAAUUGCCUGCUCCUUUAGCCCUGUUCCAUGACCUCAGCUCUCUCUCUGUUUUCCCAGUCUUUCAGCCUUCUGCUGGGCUUCUUCCUCUCCCCGCCUGAACCCAUGGCCCAUCAUACGCUGAAUUUUUUUCAGCAUCCUGAACUUUCUCAUCCCCGUCAACUUUUGCUGAAACUAUUAACCAUUCUCCAUUUUUUUGCAUCAGCCUAUUUUCUGCUCCUUCUUACUGGGUUGCUAAGCAUGGCAAAUUCAUAUUUGACAGCCUCAGUUGGGCUCUCAGUAUUGACUGGUAUAUCUUUGACUUGUUAUUACUCUGUUUCCGUCCAUGCCCUUCAUCUUUGCUCUCAGCAAAUGACUGACGUCAUUGCCCACUUUACAGAAGAGAUGACGUAAAGCAAGAACUUCCCUGCACACUUGCUCCUCUCCCUAUCCCAUCUGUCUAUGUCUAUAUCCCUCCUUAGCUCUUUUCCUCUGGCUUCUGUUUGGUGCUCUAUUUCUUGAUUCCUACUAUGUGUCCUCCAAGACUUUGCUCCAUCCUUAUCCCACUGCUCACACUUUCCGGGGUCUUCCACCUCCCUCUCCAUUGGUUUCCUCCAUGUAGUCUACAAGCAAGCAAAAUUCUCCCUGAGAUUAAAACAAAAUUUCUUAGAGUCUGUUGACCCUUAUACUUUUUCCUUGUCAGCCUAGUUCCUUUAAAAAAGAAUCUUUUUCAUUGAUUCUUCUUAGUCACUCUUCAACUCUCUCUAUAUAGUUUUUCACAGGUCACCAGUGACCACCAAGUUGCCAAAUCAAAUGAAUACCUUUCGGUCCUCAACUGUCUUGAACUCUCUACAGCAUUUCACACCAUCCACUACUUCCUCUUUGAAAUAUCCUCCUUGCUUGGCUUUUAUGGCACCACAAGUCUCUGAAUUAUCCUCUUACCUUUCAGCCACGCAGACUGAGCCUUCCUGAAACCUUGACAGGGGGACAUCUUUAGCUUCCUGUGGUCUCUCCUCUUCAGGAGUUGGGUAGGUAGGACGAAGCGCAGCUGCCUCUGCUCACCUCCCUCAGUGUCUGCCCACUUUAUUUGAGCCCGUUUCUGUUCCUGGACUUAGUUAUCCUCAUGCCAAGCAUGUUUAUUAGCUCUGCUGGGAGGACAGCAUCUGUGAGGCCUUUCCUCUGACACUCCUAGCGCAGCGUGGAGACAGAGUUUAGCCAUGUUUGCUCAGAGGCCCCAUCUAAAUUAGCCCAAGAGCGUGGAUUGGGUCUUACCAAGAAGCAUUUUGGCAAACAGGAUUACCAGGCUGGUGGGCAGCUCAUCACAGUGAUCUCCAUACCAGUCAGAGCCAGCCACAGUUGAUGAGGAACUUGGGAUCAUGGCAAAACAUGUUUCCACGCAUGGUCCAGUCCUGCUAGUCAGGAGGAGAAUCCUGGCAGGGGCGGGGGUCCGCCACUGAUAACGUUCUGGUGAAGGGAGACUGGGAAGUGCUGUGAUUCAUCACUUCCUGGGGCUCCGCUGGGGUCAGCCUGGCCUGGUUUUAGCCUAGGCUUCCCCAGCCGUACUGAUCAUUACUGCCUGCUUGCUCCAGUUGUUCUAGAGCUGGAGGCAGAUGUUGGUUGUCUUCUUGGAGGUAGGGAGGUGUAGUGGAAAGAUACCUGAUUUGAGAGACUGAACACCUAAAUUUUGGCUCUGCCAAUUAUGAGCUGUGUGACCUUGGGUAGCGUUUCCCCAUCUAUAAAGUGGGAGGGAGUGUUGAAAACAGUGAUCUCUCAGAGGCUCUCCAGCUUUAAAGAUGGUAAUGGUGAUUCUAACUGUAAAGCUCAGGCCACACAGGGAAUGACGGAAUACUGAGGGUAGGACACAGCUGGGGAGUCUUGGCCAAGGCAGAGCAAGUCAGGCCACACUGAGCGGCUUUGAGGAAAGUCUUCAGUAGCUGGUGCUGCUUCUUGAGCCAUAUGCCCAUUCCUCAAGCUGCACCCCUUCUUGGACAUCUAGGAUGAGCUCCUCCUAGGCCUUUUCUCGAAGUGGCACUUGGAUCUAAAGUGGUUGAGGGCACGAAGGAGGAAUAUUUAAGGGGAAGAAUCACUUAUCUUAAAAGGACCUACACAUUCAAGAACAAAUUAAAAAAUAGCACUUUCCUUUACCAA